AUGGCCGGUGCCCUCAGCAAGCGCCAGCAGGCUCGCAACGAAAAGACCCUACAGGACCUCGUCCAGAAUGUUCCCGGGAACAACCAGUGCGCAGACUGCCAGGCGCGGAAUCCAGGCUGGGCAUCAUGGAGCUUGGGCAUCUUCCUGUGCAUGCGAUGCGCGUCGAUCCAUCGCAAACUCGGCACACAUAUAUCCAAGGUUAAGUCGCUCAGCAUGGACGGCUGGUCAAACGAGCAGGUCGAGAACAUGAAAAAGGUCGGAAACGUCUCAUCGAACAAGCUCUACAACCCCGACAACAAGAGACCUCCGAUCCCCGUCGACGCCGACGAAGCUGACUCUGCGAUCGAACGGUACAUACGAUCCAAGUACAUGAAUCAAGGCUUCGCCGCCGCAAGAAGGCACCACACCGGGAGCACGACAUCUGAUGAAACGCCUCCUCCUUUACCACCGAAGAACACGGGCAAAUUCAGCUUCCGCUCUGCCUCCUCAACGUUCCCGCUCUUCAGAUCCAAGAAGGAUGUUGGCCCACGAUCAGCACACUCAAGCCCGCUCCCUCCCCACAGUCCAGAACAGGCCCAUCGACCAAAGGUUUCCAAGGUUUUCGGUGCUAGUCUGGGCUACGACAGCGACGACGACAUGCACAAAAAGCUGGCAAAGCUGCGGGAGCUAGGGUUCACAGACGAGCGCAAGAACGAGGUCGUACUCAAGGGCGUCAACGGCAACUUGGAGAGGACAAUAGAGUCUCUUGUGCGGUUAGAAGGUCGAUCACCUUUGGCUAGCCCAGUGGACGAGUUCCCGAGUGUCAUCCGACCGCCAGCGUCGGCCGGAGGCCGUAUUGGUGGGUUAACAGUGUCUCGGGCAGAGACAGCAAGGCCCAUGUCCGCCUCGAACAACCCUUUCGACAUAUCUCCGGUUCAGCCCAUAUCGAGCCAGUCGACGGGAAAUAUGGCAAACCGAAAUCCUUAUUACAGCAAUAACCCGUUCGGCCUGACGGCUACGCAGUCGAACGAUGCUUUGAACCAGGCAUUCAACAACAUGUCACUCGGCGCUCCACAGCCGCUGUUCCCUCACCACACCGGCGGUCUGCCUCAGCAGCAGCAGAUGAUGAUGAGCCAGCAGUCUAUGCAGCCGCCAGUACCAUCAAUACCCCAGAACUAUUCUGGCAAUGUGUUUGAUAGUAACCCCGCAUACCCUCAGCAGGGCCAGCAGCCUGGGUUGCAGCCUGCGCAACCUGUACAGCCCAUGUAUACUGGUUACAACCCCUUCUUGAACAACUCGCAACCAAAACCACCACAGCCUCAGCAGCAGCAGCAGAAUCAACAACUCGCGUCUCUUAACACUGGUUUGAUGCCGACUCCUACAGGUGGUGCCUACGCCAAUAAUCCAUUUGCGCGAUCUCCAACCCGCAUGGCCACGCCAACAUCGCUGGGACAGAUUCCGGAGCAAAGCCAGCAGAACUUCUACAGUUCUCCUGCACAGCCGCAGCCACAGCCGCAACAGUAUCAGCAACAGUAUCAACAGCCGUAUCAGCAGCAGCAGCAGCAGCAACAACAUCAACAGCCGCAGAUGAACAACCCUUUCUUCCCACAGACUGCGAUAGCCGCGCCGGUGCCGCAGGCUCAGUUCAACCAGUUUACCCAGUUCAGCCAGCCUGUGGCCCAACAAGCACCGCCGAGAGCAGACAAGGCAUCUAUCCUCGCUCUAUAUAAUCUCCCACAGCUUGCGCCUCAGGCACAGAAUAACAACCUUGAGCAGCAGCAACCCCAGCAGCAGGCAGAACAGCAGGCAGAACGGCAGGCAGGACCGGCAUCCUUGACUCAGAUCUCGAACCCCCAGAACCAGGCCAUGAACCAGGCAGAUUUGGGGGCUUCUAUGACGGCGGCCGGUAAUAAGAACCCCUUCCUCGGUGGGGCUGGGGCACCACAGCCAGCUGCGGCACAGCCUUCAGGCAUGGACGGUAUGGUGGGAAACAGGAGCCGAGACAGCAUGAUGGCACUGGGGAUGGAAUGGUCCAAUGGGCGGCACAGUCCGGACGCAUUUGCGAACCUCAGUGCAAGAUCGAUGCGGUGA